GUUUCCAUAAGGCAUCAGGGAGCAGAACGGCUUCACAACAUCUUGUUCUUCUGUGUUUUGAAUAGCACACAGAUAUGGUGGUGCUGAGGUUGGCCGUGCUACUCCAGGGGCUGCUUCUCGCAGCACGAUGUGAGGUCAGAGCCAGAGACCCAGAGGUAGAAGAGGAGGACGAGCUGAAGGAGAUGUCAGAUGGACGUGGAUGGGACCAUAGAGUUCCACAGGCUGGGUUUGGAGCACCUCACCAUGGUCAAGGACUAAACAGGCAGAGUCUUGACGUCUAUGGAUCUGUCCACCAUCCACUCAGACAUGGACACCAUAAUCCCACUCCUGGACAUCUUUCUCCGGACGUGCCCGAGGGAACAGGGGACCCGUCAGAUCCAUCAUCUGCAACUGAGACCAGUUUACUUCGCACUGGGAACUGGUGUUCGUUUGUUCAGAAGCGUUCUGUUACUGUGGCAGUAUCCUGUGGGACUGAGAAGUACACCAUCAAGUCCCAGAGUCCCUGUCCUAACGGCACCCCAGACUGCCAGCUAAUCAUGUACAAGCUGUCCACUCGGCCAGUGUACAGACAGAAAGAGAAAAUCUACACUGCAUUGCUGUGGCGAUGCUGCGCUGGGCAUGCUGGGAAAAACUGUGAGGAGACAGUGACAGAUGGCCACGUCUCUGAAUCUGAAGACCCCACCAUAGCAGACACAGCACAUCUGAGAGGACCUGAAGCAACAGACAGACGAUAUAACAAACUAACUCCGGAAAACAGAGAGCAGAAUGAUUACCAAAUGUUUGGCGGCCCACUAUAUGAAGCACAACAACAAACUGAUGGAGAGAAUCAAACUGCGGAAGAGCCUGUCGAUGACUAUGAGCACAGCCGUCAUGCUGGCCAUGACCACCGUAACCACUUUGAGAGGAGAGAUCCUAAUGCUGUAAAUGAAGGUGUUCCUCAACCUGAAGUACCUAACCUUCACCAUGGACUCCUACCAAUCUUGAAAGAGGCUGUGAUGUCUCAGCUGCAACCUGUGUUGGAGAAUUUCAAUCUAACCCUGGAACGGCUUUCUCAGGAGGUGGAGGGUUUGCAGCGGGACAUGGCCCAACUCCGACAUGAUCAAGGGCAGGGGAGGUUCACUGAGUCUCUGGAGGUUGGUGGUGAGGAGCAUGAGCCACAGGAAGCUUUAGAGGCAGAGUUGAGGGAGAGUUUACAGAAACUGGAGGAAGUGAAAGCUCAGUUUCACCACCACCGCGUUGAGGUAGAAGCGAGGCUCCACGCGCAGCACACCAUGCUGCACUACAACCUGACGAAUUUCAAGACAGACACAGAUGUCAAACUCAAACGUAACCAAAAGAUGUUACAGGUGACUCUCCACUCUCUGAACACAUCCAUGUCUGAAGUGCGGCAGGAGCAAGAAAGGCUGGAUGAGGAACUUCAGAAGAUUUGGUCUGAAAAGACCACCAAUCCUGCACAAAGUCAGCCUUAUGAGAGCACAGCUGUUUGGGAGGCCAUCACGCGUCUGGACAACAAAGUCAUCAACAACACAGUGAGACUUAGUGGCCUGGUUGAAGGCCAUGAACAAGUGACUGAAAACAUUAAGGACCUCCAGAACGUUUCGAGACAUCUGGACAAGGAAAUAGUCCAGACUGGGCGCGAUAGCCAGAUUCGUUUUAUGGAGACCGGUUUAGAAGUGGAGGCAGCCAAGGUGAGAGUUCUUGACCGCAUUAAUGAGCUGAACGGCAGCAUCAGCACUCUCCAGGACACCGUGCAGGAAAUGGGGAGCGAUGUUGACCAUCUCUUUGAAGCGUUUCACAACAAUACAAAUUCAGCAAGCGGGGAUUUGUAUGACUGUAUCGCUCUUAGAGCAUCUGUGAACCAGUUGGAACGCACUGUAGCUUAUGUUAGGGCGAUAGCGAGUGAAAAUAAGUUGGCCCGUGAGCGUGAGUCACAGGAGAGGUUGGACAAUCAGGAUAUUGGUGCUUUGAUUCCAUCUGUGGAAGAUUUAAAACUCGGGCUACUGAAUGUGCAAAAGUCCCUUGCUUUUGAACAGGAAAAGAGCAGAAUGUUACAGCACAAUGUGAGCCAGCUCCAGGCCUCUCUCCUGGGCAGCCAGCAGGACAUCGAAACAUUCCAAGAGAACGACAGGGCCAAAGAUGUUAAGAUCCAGAAUCUACAUAGCUCUUUCAACAUCUUGCUUCAGGAUGCCAUUCGUCACUCUGAGAUACUGGAGAUUUUGCUUGGGGAAGAGGUGUUGGAGUUCAUGGCGUUGUCACUAGAGACCAAAAGAAGCUUCUCUAUACCAGAAUUGAAUGAAAGAAUCAGAGAUAUGCAAGAGCAGAUCAAUGGACACAGUCGCAGCUUGGCCUCAAUGCUGAACUCUGCUAACCCUCAGGUGACGGCAGCAGAUGAUCCCUCAGUGCGCAUCAAAAGGAAACGUGGGGAUGAAAGGUCUGACUUGUUCGAGAUACUGCCGGAGUACUCUGAUAAUGACUUCUUGACUUUAGAGAAAAUGGUUAAAGAACUUGGAGUUCAUAUUAAACGGCUUGAGGAACAUCGUUGUCCUUCUUGCUGCAACUGCACUAAAACAGCUGUCUCCAGUGGUGUGGAGAUGAAACUGCAGUCUGAGGUGGAUACUUUGCGCAAGGACCUUGAGACCCACAUACAAGUUUUUAAAAGCAUUUUCAGUAAUAAAGAAGGACUUAUCAGCUCUGAUGUGUCCGUGGAUUUGAAUAAACUGUCAGCUUUGAUGAAGAGGAACGAAGCAAAACAACAAAACAGAAAACAGAAGAGAGGAGAUAACCGAGCUGUUCAGACAGGAGGACGAAUGAAUUACCGCAACAAGAGGGAUGCGUCACUGGAGUCUGCAGUGCUUCGUCAGCUCCCAGAUAGUCCAAUUAUGUUCCUGGCCAGCAGUACAGAAGGUGCUAACGGAUCUGGCACACUACUUUUUGAAAGCGUGACCCUAAAUCACGGACAGUUAUACUCACCAAAAACAGGAAUAUUUUGUGCUCCCACUUCUGGUGCUUACCUCUUUGUGGUGACACUGGACUUUGGACCAGGCCCAUCUCUGGCUCAGUUAAAGAAAGGCAGAGAGGUAGUUGCCUCCUUGCGGCAGAACCAGAGGAAGUUGGGUGCACCUGCAACACGUGUCUGCAUCCUGCAGAUGGAGCAAGGAGAGGAACUCCGUCUAGAGCUUGUGCAGGGAACUGUAGAGCGCAACAACCCACAAGACAACACGUUCGCGGGUCUACUAAUGCUGCAGACCACCUGAGAACACAAAACAAAGUAAAGGUGCAAAAAGACUGCAAGAUGGCAAAAAAUCAGCUUUUUUUGCAUUACUCACCAUUUUUCAGGAUCUGAGAGACUAAAACAACAGCUUAUGUUGUUGGUAAUUAUGACAGGUUAAGACAUUGAGCACUGUUUUCAAGGAGUAAAAUUUAGAUGGUGGAAUAUAAGGCUACGUUCACACUGCAGGCAAAUGUGGCCCAAUUCUGAUUUUUUGCUCAAGUGAUUCAGAUCUGUUUUCUCAUGAUAGUAUGAACAGCACAAACCGUGUGGAAUCUGAUCUUUUCAAUUCCACUUUGUGCCACUUCUAGAUGUGGUACUAAAUCCAAUACAGGUCAACCGUAGUGUGAACAGUCAUAUCGGAAUUCAUGUGACUUUUAUGUCCCUCUUGAUUUGGCAUGAUUCUGCGCUCAUGGGGGUCACUUCAAAGAUUUUAGAUAUCCAGCAUUAUUAAGACAGUUGCAAAAGGUAGUCAGUGGAAGUACAGCAAUGUGUCAGACCUCAUAAGUAUUACAAUGACAACUCCAUAUAGCCUACAAGCAAAACAUGAGGGCUUGUAUCAUAAAAGUUUAAAAACUCAGUUCUCUUCUGUCACAUCCUUGUCUUUAUUUUUCAUACUGCCUGCGCAUAAUUUAGCUGGCUUCUGCGUCAGAUCACACAAUAAAUAAAUGCAUAAUCGCUUUCUUUGUCUUCUGCGUUUACUUCUGUAUGACAGUGUUGCCAAAUCCGCAGUUUGCCAGCAGAAUUGGACUACUUUUUCACUGUUGCUGCAGGUUGUUUGUUUAACUCUGUGGGUUGAAGCGCCAUUAAAACUAUAUUUACCCCCGUAAUGCAAAUGGGCUAGUUUUGGACUAGUUUUGAGAAUUGGGCAGAUUUUGUUGGCAAAACCUGGCAACGCUGUUCGUAUUGUUCUAUUGCAGGUCAGUUUAGAACCAUGAUCUGUUCACACCGGAAAUCUGAUAUUGACCACAUUUAAAACAAAAAUGUGAACAGUUAUACAAAAAAAAAUUAGAUCUGAGCAAAAAUUGGAAUUGAGCACCUAGGCAAGCAGUGUAAAUGUACCCUAAGUCUUACAUUUGGUUUCAGUGUGAUAACUACAUGCUAUUCCUUACAAGCUUUAAAAUACAUUUCAAAAUAUUGUACUUUUUCAGUUCAAACCAAAGAAAAACAACACCAAAAAACAGAGAAACAAAAAUGUGUACUAAAAUUAUAUUUUCAAAAGAUUACAAGGACAAAUAUUAUACAGAGUAUGAGGCCUACUCAUAAGGCACCCUUUCAACAUGGGGCUGAAUGGAGAAAAAAAAAAAUGUUUUUCCAAAUUAGACAGGUUUAAUAUAUUACAUUGAGAUGGGCUGAGUGAUACUAUGGUGAAGCACAUCGAAAUAUCUACAGG